AUAAUUUUGUUAUAAUACUUUGAUAUGUUUGUUAUUUGCAGUGAUUACUAUUUACUACUGUUAAUAGUGGGACAAGGUCUUUAACCCCCGGUUUAAUGCCCCCGGACCCACCUAGAAGGAUCCAGGUUCAACCACUUGUGUCUAACAAAAUCUUAUGUGAGCAUGAUGUGAGCUCCCACCCAACACCACUAGCCCCUGAUGUUUUGGCACCAGCCCCAGAUGUUUUAAAAUCCUAGAAACGCCCCUGCUCUGACUUUUAAAAUUUCCGCUCCUCACUCUGUUAAAAAUCACACCGCUCCCACUCCGCUCCGCUCACAUACUCUGGUUCGUGCUACAACAACAACCAUCCCAACAAGUGAAGUCAGCAUUUGGAACAGAGAGGCAGAACUUCUCAGGGUGUGGUAAGAAAGAGAAAUAUCUAUAACACUUCUCUUUUUAUGCCCAUAAAACGAGUGAACAGAGAGGAAGAGAAGACGGACAGAGACGUGCGGAGAGUCAUGGCUUCAGACGUGAUGUGUUUGUGUGUUUUUCUGCUCUGCUCUGGACUUCAGUUCACAACAGGCUGUGAAGUACAGUCAUCAAACAUCUUCUGUGCUGCAGGAGAGUCUGUGCUGUUGCCCUGCAGGGAUAUAAAGUCACCGCAUACAGACGUCCAGUGGUGGAUCUCAGAUCCUCAGACUCACACUCCUCAAUACUCAGUGUUUCCUGUGGACGCCAUUAAGGGUCAGCGAUAUAAAGACAGAGUUCAGAUUCACAAUCUCUCACUGUCCAUCACUCGACUGACUGUAGACGACACAGAAACAUACUGCUGUAAAAGCAAAGAAUCUGACAGAAUGAGCUGUAUUUAUCUAAGUAUUGAAGGUUGUUCUGUAUCAGAGAAUGAAAGAUCAGUGGAGAUCAGCAGAUAUUCAGGGGAAUCUGUGUUUCUGUCCUGUUUUGUUAAAUGUAGCAGCCGUCAUAAACCAGAUUCACAGUUCAGAUGGAAAUUACCAAACUACAGAGAAAUAAUCCAGACCACUGAACUGAACCGACUCUAUCAGAGCCGAUUUCACAUGUUUAAUAGAAGUUCAGGAAAUCUCUCUCUGCUGAUUUCUAAUCUGACUGAGGAAGAUGAAGGACUGUAUUCAUGCUGGAGUAAUGAGAUUCAACACAAGAACUUCAGUCUCAUCAUUAAAGAUGAACUUUGA